GUUCAUAUGUCUUAAACAAAAAUCUUAACAUAACCUCAAAUUUUUCGACAACAAAAUGUAAUUUUUUCAAAAUGUUAAAAACGACUAAUUACUCGUGGUGUGAGCAAAUAAUACUUCUACUAACCCUCACCAUUUGUGGCAUUUUGUUAUUGGAUUACAACUUCUCCGUACUACCAAUACAUGGCAUUUACCUAUUCGCUUACCUAUUCCUCGUCUUAACAUCGUCCUCCUGCGUCACAUUCGUCUUGCUACAAAGAAUUCUCAAAAACAACAACCCCUACGAGUACGACUUUGACAGAAACACCUCUCUGAAGCUACUCGGCUACUUAUACAAUGCGCUGUUUGUCCGUGAACGGGCAGUUCAUCGAGCGGAGGGCACCAAAGGCGAGAGAAGUAUUAAGAGCAUCGACGAGCGUAUCGACACCCUAGUCCGCGACAUACAGGUACGUUUCAUACUGAAAUGGUACCUGAACGUAAGCAGCGACGCGACCUUUCUCUCCGAAUCGAAGCUGCUGAUCGACGACGUCAUCCGUCGAUUCCUCCAGGUCGUGAUCGACGUGAACGGUCGCAAGUUGGCGCACGGCUGCAGCACGAUCUUCCUCAGGCACGUCAAGGAGUACCGCAAGGCGCUGAAACGUUCGCGUCGAAGCUCGGGUACCGUCGACGACCUCUACCGGUACGCGCACGUCGGUAGCAAGUCGAAGAAGAGCGCCGAUUACUUUGUCUAUCAGCUGACGUCGAACGUCCUGCGGCAGUUCGUCAAUUGGGAGUUGUGGAACUCGCUGCCGUGUCAGUCGGUCGUCUCGAUCCUUUCGAGACGGUUCACCUCGUACGUUUUAACGUUCGUCUCGACCCCCGGGUACUUGAAUUAUAAAAUCGUCGAGACGUUCGCGUCCGAGUCCGUUCGGGCCUCGCUCCAACUGGAUCGGUUCGCCUUCAUUAGCAUAUCCGAUGUAGACCACGGCGGCAGUCUGGAUCAACUGAGGAAGGAAUGUCUGGAGGUGAAGGAGACGGUCGUGGAAAGGUUAAUCAAGGAGGAGAGUCUUACGCCGAAGGUGUCGCCGAAACGAAACGUGAAGGAUGUGGACGAGGCCGACUGUGCCAACGAGUCGCAGACUGUAAGCGAGGCCGAUGCGUGCCAGACGGGUCCACAACCGAAGCCGACUGAGCCAGUCAAAAUUUACGAAUCGAAGUCAAUUUCCAACAAGACCUGGCGUAAUUCGAGCGAUCUGGAGUGCAUCUCGUUGGGACAAGAUCUGCUCGCGUUUCAGGAGUUUAACGAUCCCGAUACGCAAAUUCAGCAACUCAUCGAGAAGAAAUUAUGGAAAGAUAAUGCAGAUACUGUGGACGAAGAGAAGACUUCAUCGAGUUGGGAUUUAACGGAAGGGUUGUUUGUGGAGCAGGAGAAUGUCAACGAGCCCGCGGCAAACUUCCAAAAUUACAUCAAAUCCACAGCGAAUCACGCGCUGAAACCCAUCGGCGACGUGACCGCCUCGACGCUGCACAACAUGAAGGAACUGCAGCAGACGACGGUCAACAACGUGGUGAAGCCGGUCUCGCAGGCGACAACGAACGCGAUGCACAAAAUCGGCGACCUGCAGGACGAGGCCGCCGGAGUGGUCGAGGGCAUCCUCGACUUCGGCAUCGCCGGCCUGCGCAAGGGUCUAAAACUGACCGGCCUCCAGGAGAACUUCACCGAGUUCACGCAGAAGGCGAAGAGCGAGUUUCACGACCUGCACAAAACGAUGGACAUCCAAACGGGGAAGAUCUCCGAGGCGAUCAAGAUCAUCGAUCCCGUCGACUCCAAGCACAAAACGAAACUGGUCAAAACGCCUCGCAUAACGUCCGAGGACAAGACGGAGACGCUCGCGUCGCACAGCGACUCGGACGAGUCGGUCUGGGUGAAUCCACUCACGAAGGACUCGCCGAGUUUCGACGGCGACAUCCUGCUCGAAAGGACCCCGGACGCUCCCAAGUCGAUCGUCUCGGAGGCGGCCGAGCGCGCCAUUCCGCAGAUCACGGAGGAGCCGGCCGUCGAAGGUAGUCCCGAUCCCGAAUACGAGGACACGCAGGAUCUGGCGACAACGAUCGCGAAGUUGAGGAGUCUGCUCGCGCAGAAGUCGGAAUCGGGAUUCACCACCCCGUCUCUGAGUCCCAUGCCCCAAGAGGAGGUAAUGAAAACUCCGCUCGAACCCGACCCGACGAAGACCGACGGCGCCAUGCCCAGCCUGUACAAGUUCUGCGCGCGCACGGCGACGGGCGUCUUCCAGAACACACUGAACACCAUCAAGACCGCGCUACCCGGAAACGCGAACGACGCCGUGCCGAUUCAGGUGCCGUGCACGAACGGCGAAUGGACGUUCGUCGAGGGCGACUCUUCCAGCGACGACUUCAACUCGCGAAUGAAGAAGUUGCUGUCCGAACGCCAGGCCUACUGCACAAUCGACACGGCGUACGAGGCGAUACAUUCGUUGGAGGUCGCGGAUCAGGCCGACCUGGGUUCGCCAAUCGCGCACUUCGAAGAUGAACUCGACGAUUUCGACGUCCACGUCCCGAUCACAAAGGUCCUCGUCGACGUAAUCGUCGAGCUGCUAGGCGACACGAAGAUAUGCCUGCUGCAGGAGACCGUGGUGAAGGCGCUACUUUUGUUCGUCGGUUACUACACCGAGGAGCACAUCUGCAGGCAGUCCGACAAUCUCCUCCACAACAUCAACAAGUUCGUGGGGAAGCUGCCGGACGCCGGCACCGAAGACGUCACGGCGUUAAAGCUGGACGAAAUGGUCAAGAUCUGCGCGGAGCAGUUUCCGAGCGCGAUCAGGAAGCUUCUUGGGGAGCAAACUGUUAACGCCGCAGUAUCUCUCUUUCUAACCUCUUUACAAAGCCAAAGAAUUAACCAAGAUAUUUUUAUGCAGGUGUUCGAGCUCUUCGCGUCGGAACUAAUAAACGCUUGCAGUCAGGCGUCGCCCGCCUACUCCGCUUAGGUCAUUCCAGCGUAAUUAUUAAAGUAUUAAAUAUAUGUGAUAUGUAGCUUUCUUGAUUAUUAGUCUAGCAGCCUCUAAUAAAAUGGCAGUUUAUCCGGAAACCUUUUGGAUUUGAAAA